AUGGUUCUCCCUACGCCCAAAUACUCGUUGGACCACUCGUGUUCGACGCUGUUCAACAACACACUUUUCACAUACUCAUCGGUUGCUUUUCAGUCAUUGAAGAUGGAAAGGGGUGCUGAAUGGUCUGAGUUACCGAUGGGAGUUCCAGUAACUGGGGGAGUGUGCGUCAAGUCGACGCCUGUAAAUGACACGAGUGCUGCAGCAUUGUACAUUGUGGGAGGAAAUGCCAACGACACCGGCUAUCAAGGAUUACAACGGUAUACAUUUGCCAACCAGAGUUGGGAGACGAUAUACCCAACGGUUGCUGUCACAGAAAACCGCCUCUACCACGACGCUGUUUACUUGAACACAUCCGAUUCAAUUCUGAUUUACGCCGGAACACAGGAUGGCACCAAAAAACCCUCAUCUCAAACUUUCACAGUACAAGCCUCGCCUCCAUACGCAGUUCUGGCGUACGAAGCAAUCGCUCCGCCAGCAAUUUCUCCGAUACUGCUUCCAUGGACCGAGAGCAAGGCAAUUUAUAUUGGAGGCAGUGAAACUAAUACCCAGGCCAUGAUUUUCAGCCCUUCGAAGUCAUGGGUCAACUCAAAUGCAUCAUUUGCUAAUCCCAUGUACAAUACUUCCAACGUCAAAGCGAUUGCUCUCAACGGGAACGACGGCAGCAAGACUAUCUACACUUUCGAUAUGACAGUGUCUCCUAAUACUGUCAAUCGAACAAUAUUGAUUGAUGCCGAUGGAAAUCCAGUCCAGAAUUCGGCACCUAUCAUGGAGAAGAGAGUGACGGAACAGGAUGUGGAGAAAAGAGCCGAGCUCACUGUGGCAGACUGGCCAGCCUACAAUGGAACCCUAGCCCCUACGAGCACCAGGACGUCGUUUACCGUGGCGAGAGAUCAAAGCGGAAUGGUCGUGGUCACUGGAGGAAAUGAUGAGGAUGUGCUGUGUAUUUUCAAGGCAAGAUCCAAUGCCUGGGUCAAUGCCACAGACAAACUUGGAUCGAAGGCAGUUACACAGCAGGGCCUUGGAACGACGCCAUCCUCAUCGUUGUCACCCUCAACAUCAGCAUCAGCCACGGCGUCAAGUUUGGCACAAUCUUCCACAGCAGCAGCAAGCGGCAUAAGCGGUGACACACCUGUCCCAACAAAAAUUCUUGGGGCCGUAUUAGGGACGAUCGCCGGUGUAGCUUUGAUACUGAUCGCAUUGCUCCUCUGCUUCCGGUGGAGAAGGAAGAGGAGGCAGCACGUAGAGGCUGGACAUCAAAGACGUGCAAGCGGAUUGCCGGAGGAGAAGAACAAGAUGGACUUUCCGGACAGCGGACCACCGCAAAUGACGACGACGAGACAAUUUCAGGGUCAUGAGCCAUCAGGGUCACAAGGCUCCUUCUCUUCUAUGGCGAUCUUGAUGGGCCGUGUGGGCCACAACAGAGGGGAUGAAAAGGGAAAUGGAAGUGACGCGAGCAGUCACUUCAACAAAAAUUACAAGGGCAAUAUCAGCAAGCCCAUGCCACAAGAGGAGCCAUACCAAAACGCCACCAGAGACGAGAAGACUGUCUCAUUUGCGGAAACUGGAGCGCCAGGGCUAUCAACGGGACCCAGGCCCCGUGGAAGCACUAGAGGUGGAAGACGUGGAAGUACGAGGAGAAGUUCAGGCUGGAAUCGAUACUGGUCCGGCGGAAGUUCACUGAACAUUCUCGGAUUUGGCUCAAAACGAACUACGUAUGAGGGAUCAGACCGGAGCUCAGAGUACUCGAUACACCAAAUGCCAGCGCGCAAUUCGGCUAUCGUACCACCCUUGAAGAUUGGAGACCGACCGGAACUGAAUCGAGUGAUGUCUGGGAGUCCGACAGUUGCGCAUCCUUCUAGCAAGUUCCCCCUUUCUGGAGAAAUGUCGGGCAAGAUCGAAAGGUCAGGUUCCAUCAGUUCAAUGUCAUCAUUCAACGAUGAUCGACACGAUGCCUUCUCCAGUGGUAUUCCAGCAAGUGUGAACGAGCAAAGUACUUGGACACCUGUUGGAGGCGGUGGUGGGUGGAACGCUCGCACGAGUAAUUAUUCGGAAAGUGUCUAUGCUACAUCACUGGGCCGGAAUACGGGCAAUUUCGACAACAACAGGACAACUCGCUUCCCUGGAGCUGAGCCUGCUGUUCCCCAAGUGCCCACAAACACUGCUGACAUGUCAUGGCUAAACCUUGGAGGCAACUCAAGGAUUUGA